AUGAUUGGCCGCUCUUUAAUAACGACGACAUUGUGUCCACUGACGUGCCAGGUUGACGGGGUCAAGCUCGACGGGAGUCUGCCCGAGGGUCCCGGAGUGGUGGCAACGCGUGACUUUAACGAGGGCGAGCUCGUUGCCUCGUUCCCGUCCGAACUCAUGAUGACUCAAAUUACUGCCGUCCAAUCAGUUAAGGACGUGGGGCUGAUUCACUCCACAGACGUCUGGUUCAGGGCCGUGCCCUCCCUCAUCCUCGCCAUGCACUUGCUAUUUGAAAAGCAUCGUCCGGCAGGCUCCCCGUCCAAGUGGUUGGGGUACAUCAAGUCCCUGCCAGGCCAGCACUGCCUGUCUGAGUUCAACCAGGACGCCUCCCCUGACGACAUCAUCCUGCCCCUCGCCUUCAGUCUCGAGACCGUCUCGCUCCUGCAAGGAACCACGGCUCUGCCAGAGUACCACCGAAUGCUGCGCACAGUGGCCAAGCAGUACUGCCACAUGCGCACGGUGCUGCGGCAGCUGGGAGUCAUUGCUGCCCCGCUCAAGACCGCGUCCAGGGAGUGGUUCUGCUAUGCUGAUACGUUUGGUGGUGGAAGCAACGUGAUGGAGGUCACUGCCAAGCGCAACUUCAAGGCCGGCGAGCAGGUGUUCCUGUCGUACGGUUACCGCCCCAACACCAUCAUGCUGCUCUACUCGGGCUUCAUCCCCAGCUCCAACGACAGAGACCGCUUCCGCAUACCGCUGGAGCUGUCACCCUCCGACCCACUCUACAAUAAGAAGCUGGCACUCCUCAAGUGGCUGGAGCUACCGCCCUCCACCCAUCUGGACCUCUUCUGGACUGGCAAACCAUCCCCUGAGCUGGCCACGUGGCUUAGAGUGGCGACCACCACUGAUGAGGCACAGAUUACAGAGGACCUGCGAGCGGCCAUUGCUGCACGCGCCAAGGAGACGGCGGAAUUGCUCGAGGCACAUGGAAAGGAUAAAGCAGCAAACGGGCAUGCGGAACCUAACAGCAAACCAGCCGGCAGUGUAGAUGUAACACUGACCAAGGCGCAAGCCGACCUGCUCAGCAGUAUCUGCCAACGCAAGCUGCAGGAGCUUCAAGCAGGAGCCACAGCAGCAUCACCCGCGCCUGCUGGUUUAGGCUUGGGAGGAGGCUUGGAUGCACGUUCGGCGGCAGCCAAGGCGUGUGAGAAGGAACUGCAGCUGGCUCGGCAGCUGAGGGAAGCGGAGGAAGGGGCUUUGAGCAAGGCAGUGGAGUUGUGUGGUCUUGUGAGCGCUUAA